AGCUAUAUUUUUUUCUGAAUUCCAAAUCAGCCCCUCCCAUUAAAGCUUUUAGCUUGGGUGUGGUUCAAAUCUUAAAAUGGAACAGGCAAGUAUCAUUCUGAACAAUGGGACUAGCAUUCCUCCCUUUGGAUUAGGGACUUGGCUGGCUAAGGAAGGAGUUGGUAAUGCAGUAGAAGUAGCAAUAAGAGCUGGUUACCGUCAUCUUGACUGUGCUGACAGAUACAACAAUGAAGGUGAGAUAGGGAUGACACUGCAGAAACUUUUUAAGGAAGGAUUGGUGAAGAGAGAAGAGCUUUACAUUACUUCAAAAUUAUCUUGUCUCAUGAUGGCGUGCAAGGAGGAUGUAUUGGAGAGCUUUUACAAUGUUCUCAAGGACCUUCAAUUGGACUAUCUUGACCUUUUUCUGAUACAUGUACCAUUUGCACUGAAAAAAGGUGUUCUAAGUUUAGCAACUUGUGACAAAAGUGAUAUAAUUGGUUAUGACCCCACUAUCAUAGCUAACGUUUGGACUGUUUUGGAGGAUUUAGUAAGCAAAGGGCUAACAAGAUCCAUUGGAGUAUCAAACUUUUCCAUCACAAAGAUGGAAAAUUUACUAAAAACUGCUACAAUAAUUCCUGCUGUGAAUCAAGUUGAGUGCCAUAUUUAUCUUCAGCAACCUAAGCUCCAACAAUACUGUAAAAAUAAAGGGAUAGUGCUAGAGGCAUAUGCUCCUCUUGGUUCUCCAGGACGCUCAUCAAAGCCUCCAGAUGAGCCUGUUGUUUUGGAAGAUGCAACUGUCAAGGAGAUAGCAUCAAAGCAUGGAGCAAAUCCAGCUCAAGUGUGUAUAGCAUUUUUGCUUCAAUUGGGUUUGGUUGUUAUACCAAAGUCAGUGACUGAGUCACGUAUUAUUGAGAACCUUAAAGCAACAGAACUAGUGCUGACUGAUGAGGAAAUGAAGAGUCUGAAAGCUAUUGACAAGAACUUCCGUCUCCUAAGCUUUCAAUGGUUUGCACCAGAUAAGACCUUGGAUCAAAUUUGGGACACGUCAGAAGAUGAAGCUUUUGUUUUGGCAAGAAUCAUUCUGAACAAUGGUACUAAUAUUCCUGCCUUUGGAUUAGGUACUUGGCAGGCAAAAGAAGGAGUUGGUAAUGCAUUAGAAGUAGCAAUAAGAGCUGGUUACCGUCAUCUUGACUGUGCUGACAGAUACAACAACGAAAGUGACAUAGGGACGACACUGCAGAAACUUUUUAAGGAAGGAUUGGUGAAGAGAGAAGAGCUUUACAUUACUUCAAAAUUAUCCUGUCUCAUGAUGGCUUGCAAGGAGGAUGUAUUGGAGAGCUUUGACAAUGUUCUCAAGGACCUUCAAUUGGACUAUCUUGACCUUUUUCUGAUACAUGUACCAUUUGCAGUGAAGAAAGGUGUUACAAGUAUAGCAAAAUGCGAUAAAAGUGACAUAAUUGGUUAUGAUCCAACAUUGAUAUCAAAUAUUUGGACUACUUUGGAGGAGUUAGUGGGCAAAGGAUUGUUAAAGAGUAUUGGAGUAUCAAACUUUUCCAUCACAAAAAUAGAAAAUUUAUUAAAGACUGCCAAAAUAGUCCCUGCUGUGAACCAAGUUGAGUGUCACAUUUAUCUUCAGCAGCCUAAACUACAGCAAUACUGCAAGUCUAAAGGGAUAGUAGUAGAAGCUUAUGCUCCUCUUGGCUCCCCAAAACGUUUUGGUAUAUCUCCAGAUGAACCUGUUGUAAUGGAGGAUCCUAUUGUCAAACAAAUUGCAGCAAAACAUGGAGCAACUCCAGCUCAAGUGUGUAUAGCCUUUUUGCUUCAAUUGGGUUUGGUUGUUAUACCAAAGUCAGUGACUGAGUCACGUAUUAUUGAGAACCUUAAAGCAACAGAACUAGUGCUGACUGAUGGGGAAAUGAAGAGUCUGAGAGCUAUUGACAAGAACUGCCGUCUCUUUACUUUUAAGGUUUUUGAUCCAAGCAAGACCCUGGAUGAUAUUUGGGAUAUACCAAAUGAUGAAGCCUUUGUUUUGCAAUAGCUCUGAUGCAAACUAAAACUGGGUGUGGCUCACCUUGAGUAGAUGGUCUACCGUAUUGUUUGUAAUUUUAUAGUUCAGUAAAUUUAGAUUUUAUUUUGA